GAUUUCCUGCCGACCAAUGUCAACGAAAUUCCCUGAUUCCAUCGACAGGCAUAAGGAAAAUGCCAGCGGGAAAUCCAUACUACGUAAUGAUUCUUUCACCAACUUCAAGCCAGGCACAUUACGCCGUUGAGCAACUCGCAUCGUUACCCUGCAACUUCGUCCAAUUAAUGUAUAUCCUCAUACCAAGCAAGUAUCACACAUAUCAGCAGCUUCAUAUCGAUGCUAUGGUUACAUAUAAAGUCUUUCCUCCACCAUGAUCAUGUUGUGUAAGUCCUAUCCAUGCGAUCAAAACUCGACAUGAUGUGGGUCAUUGCGACGCUCCUACUUGUAGGUGUCGCCCAAGCGGCUAUCCCUAAUGUCAUGCACCAUGGCAAGCCUUCUCUCCCCCAAAUCCCGGUGCCAGAACGUCCUGUCACUUCACCGAAUGGCACAGCACUCCCACCCAUUACGACGAUCUAUUACUUUGAGCAGCUCAUCGACCACAAUGAUCCAGGUCUUGGAACAUUCCAGCAGCGGUACUGGAUGGACUGGGAGUUUUAUGAGCCCGGUGGCCCUAUUAUCUUGAUGACGCCUGGAGAAAGUAACGCAGUUGGCUUCCAAGCCUACCUUACCAAUGUCACCAUUAUUGGCCUCAUUGCUCAACAACAAAAAGGUGCAGCCGUUGUCGUAGAACACCGUUUCUUUGGCGAUUCCAAUCCAUACGACAAUCUCACCUCACAAUCCCUUGCUGUCCUCACAAUCCAGCAGGCUGUCGAUGAUCUCGUGUAUUUCGCCACCACAGCAGACCUUCCGAUGCCUGGGGGUGAUGCUGUGAAGCCAGGUCAGGCCCCAUGGGUACUGGUGGGAGGAAGCUACUCGGGAGCCCUCACCAGUUGGACGAUGGUCAACAAACCGGGAAUUUUUUGGGCUGGAUAUGCAUCUUCUGCCGUCGUGGAGGCAAUCACGUAUGUCAAUUUUAUUGCAGCCACCGCCCGUAUCACAUUGACACGAUGAAACACUUCUCCUUCCUUAAAACACCAUUGACACGAAUGAAUCCGCAUACAACGUGGUCAUUCGGUCUCUUCUUGACAAAAACAGUGACUAUUACGGCUAUUUUACCCCGGUUCAAAAGUACAUGCCACAAAAUUGUUCUUCCGAUAUAGAGGCA